ACAAUUACAAAGAAAAGUGUUUCUUGUUCUUCUACCUUUGAGUUGAGAUUUUUGAGAAAAAAAUCAACACUUAUUUUUUAUUAAAUGAGUUCACGGGUUUCAAUGAUCAAAGAGUUGAUAGGACCGGUCUCGUGUGGAUACUCAUAGAGUCUUCGCCCUAUCGAAGAAAUUUUGAAUCGAGACUCUCUUCACCAGAACUAAUGGCUAUCGAAAAUUCAUCUGAGCAAAAGGCUAAUCCCAAUGGAGAAGAAGAGAUGGAUAUAUAUGUGAAGGUCAUUAAAACAGUACCUUUAAAGGUUAAGAAAUCGGAUACUAUUAAAUCUGUCAAAACAUUGUUAUAUCACAAAGAAGGUGUACAGGAAUAUCGUCAGGAGCUCGUUUUCGCUGGUAAUCAGAUCAAGGAUGAUCAAAAGCUUGUUCAUUUUGGCAUUCACCAGAACUCUAGUAUCGAUGUUUACGUUAAGAGUUCAGAGUCGCUUAGGUUGUUUGUUACUAUACCACAUUCUGAGAUAACCGACGUGUUUGAAGCAAAGAGUAUUGACAGAAUCCGGGAUAUCAAGGACUUGAUUGGAACCAAACAUGGUAUUCGUUUUUAUCAAUAUGCUCUAGUCUACAAUGGGAAGUUGCUAGAAGAUGACAAGACCUUAGGUUUUCUCAAAGUUCCAUCUGAAUCAACGUUGCAUAUUUUGUUUGUUAGAAGCGAAAAGUUGUUGGCUUCAGUGAAGAUGCCUUGUGGGAAAAUUUCAGAACUAGAAGUCAAGGUAUGGCACACAGUUAAUGAUCUUAAAACUCUGCUCGAGAGACAACUUGGCUACUCACUUGGCGUUUGUACUUUGUUGUACGAAGGUAAGAAACUCGAGGAUUCAAAGAUGCUAUUGUCGUAUAAUGUUGAACAAAAAUCCAGGUUCGUGUUGAUGUCUCCGUUUAUUCAAGUAUUCAUUAAGUCGAAUGGUGGAAGUAUGACCCUGGACGCGCUCCCAACGGACCUGGUGAGAGACCUGAAGUUGAAGAUUCUUGACAAGGCUGGAAUACCAAUGCAUAUUCAGAGUCUAGAUUUUGAGGGAAAAGUUUUACAAGAUUCCAGGAAUUUAGCCAGCUAUAAUAUCCAGAAAAACUCCACAAUUCGUUUGGCUUUAUGGAAAAAGCACGUUCGCGCGCAUUGAUGUUGUUACUAUUUAACCAUGUUUUGCUUCUGGUUUUGGGAAUUCACCAUUGAAAGAGAUGUGGUUUUAUUUGAGGAAACAGAACUGUAUGUUCAAGUUAGUAGUUUGAGAACACAACAUGCUUGUAUCCAUAUAUUAAGAUUGUUUUCUCUCUGCCCUUUGGUUAUCUUAUAAAUACUGUCGAACCUCUCUAUAACAACCUCGUUUGUUCCAGAUAUUUGUGGAUGUUAUAGUGAAUUGCUGUUAUAGAAACCAUAUAUUAUAACAGAAAAUGAAAUUUAGUUCUGAAAAAACUUGACUUUUAUAGUAAAGUGUUGUUAUAUAAGGAUGCU